AUGGCGCUCGCGUAUCAAGUCCAGCUCCUUUGGUGGCUCUCGCUCGGCGGACUAUGCAUGAUGCUCUUUGUGCGCGCCGACUCGGCCGACCGGUUCUACCGCGGGUACCGGUUCACGGUGUGCGGCAAAGUCGUGGUGCAGCGACCGUGGCAAGGACCCGCGCAGCGCCAAGGCACAUGGGAUAUUUGCGCCGACGUCCAUAACCCAAAUGCGAUUCGGAGCUCGAUCCCGUACCUCUGCGCUUUAGACUCGCCCAACGACUACGACGACGAGAUCAUCUCGCUCAGUGACGAAGACUUGCCGUGA